UCCAUGCGGGUUCUCGCGCCCGCAUUCCCAGCCCGUCAUCGCCUGCGCGGAUCCGACGCAUAUAUAAUCGUCGGCUUCCUUCCUCUCCGCCCGUGUUCUCGCGCUCACUGCCCUCACCAGCAUGCUCGCCCCCCUUUUGGUGCUCCCUCUCGCGCUCGCGGCCCAGCUCCCGCUCGCCGGGGCCGCCACGACCCUCCCGCUGUCGCCUGUUUCCGGUCGCUCAGGCGCCUACUUGCAGGGCGCGCCAGACGCGGGUCGUGCUCGCGUCGUGCAUAUGAAGGAGCGCGCCGCCCACGUUGCGGGAUAUGCUGCAGGCUCGACGACGAUACCCGCAUCGAAUCUUGCGUAUGUGCAAUACACGGCAAGCAUUGGUGUAGGAAGCCCGCCGACGUACUACAACAUCGUCGUGGAUACUGGGAGCUCGAAUACAUUUGUGGGCACAGGCAUACCGUAUGUGAAGACAAGCUCCAGCAUUCCGACUGGCCAGGAAGUCAACGUCACGUAUGGGUCCGGCUUCUUCUCCGGCUACGAAUAUCUCGACCAAGUGACGAUCGCGCCGGACCUCGUCAUCACGAACCAGAGCAUCGGCGACGCGCUCGAGUACGCCGAUUUCGAGGGCGUGGACGGUAUCAUCGGCGUCGGGCCUAUCGACCUCACAGUCGGCACGCUCUAUCCCGCCGAAGACGCGGAGAUCCCGACGGUGAUGGACAACGCGCUUGCGCAGGGGCUCAUCCCCACGGAGGUCUUGGGCGUCAGCUUUGCUCCGGCGACCGGCUACAACGACACCAACGGCGCGCUUACGUUCGGAGGUGUGGAUGAGAGCCUGUACGAGGGCGACAUCACAUACACGCCCGUGACGACGACCUACCCUUCGAACUACUACUGGGGCAUCAACGUCACCGGCGCGACGUACGGCGAGACGACGGUCAUCCCGGGCAGCUACGCGGGCAUCGUCGACACGGGCACGACGCUGAUCUACAUCGCGGACGACUGGUACCAGACAUACCAGGACUCAAUCCCAGGCGCGUACUACGACGGGAACAACACGGGGCUCAUCGUCAUCCCAUUUGAGUCCAUCCCCUUCAUGCAGCCCUUCACCGUCUACGUCUCCGGCGAGCCAUUUGUCCUCGACGUAGAGGCUCAGCUCCUGCCCAUAUGGCAGAACACGGCGUGGGGUGCGGAGCCGAACCUGCAGUACGGCUACAUCGGUCCGAUCGGCUCGCCCAGUGGAGAAGGGCUCGACUUCAUCCUCGGCCAGAAGUUCAUGGAGAGGUUCUACGCUGUGUUCGACACGCCGAACUCGCGUGUUGGGUUUGCGUAUUCGGACCAUACUUACUGAGAAGACAAAAGGAAUUAAUGGACUAGCGAACAGAAGGACGGACUUGGCGCCGAGUUGCAUGUAUCUGCUGUGAAUGCUAUGCAUGUCGUCGACAACGGAUGUCUUACUGAC